AUGGCAUCGAAUUAUCCACUCGGGUACGAUGACGAAAGAUUCCAGUCGAUAGUGAACCAAAAUUUCCACUGUUUGAUUUGCUAUAACGUAUUGAAAGACCCCGUGAUGUGCCGCAGAAACGAGCAUUAUUUUUGCCGCGGCUGCAUCACGGAACAUCUUCGCAGGAAUUCCCACAAAUGUCCAACGUGUGCUGACGAGCUGAGUGUUGAAACAUUGCAAGACGUUCCAAGAAUUGUGAAGAAUUACUUAAACGAACUAAGUAUACGUUGCGAUCAUUACGACAGAGGAUGUCGAGAACUCGUACAGCUGCAGAAUUUAAAGCGACAUGUCGCCGAAUGCAGAUUUACUCCAGUCGUUUGUGGAAAUCAAGGUUGUGGUGAGACAAUCAGUAAAAGAGAUCGUACAUAUCACGAGAGUGAACUGUGUCAAUUUAGAAAGUUGAAGUGUCACAACUGUGGAGAAAUCAGCACGAUGGCGGGAAUGAAAACGGAAAUGGCAAACAUCAGCACGAAAAUAGCGAACAUCAACACGAAUCAGGCGGAUACGAGUACGAAAUUGGCAAAAAUGAACACCAAUAUGACAAAUGUUAGAAGUGGCACAGCGAGUGGCGGGAGAGAAAAUCAACAUAUAUUUGUUGCUGGUGGUGUGGGGAGCAAGUCGGUAGAAAUAUUUAACAACCAGCAGAGAUUGUGGUCUUUAUUAAAGCCCAUGACAGAGAUACGUCGCUGGGCAUCUUCAUUCGUUCACAAUAAUCAUGUCACUGUAGCGGGAGGUGCGUGUGAUGAUCGUGCUGAAGAUAACAUGAUCCGAAUGAACAUUCACCCAGUCCCUGAUCUCUCAGUUAACUGGAGUGAAUUUGCUGCCAAACUUCCUGCUAAGUUGUAUACACACAGCAGUGUGGUGUACAAGGAUAGCUUGUUGGUUACUGGAGGUUGUAAUGCAGAUCAAGAUGUCAUCUCGGACUGUAUUCACGAAGUGCAACUUAAACCACCUCACACUGUUAAACCUUUAUCCAAGAUGCCUGAAUCAAGACUUCAUCACAGCACAAUACUAUGUGAUGAUAGUAUUUUGAUCGUUGGGGGAAGGAAAUCAGGGAACUGCGAAGACAACCUCAGCAGUGUGUUAAGCUAUGACAUCAGGAAGAAUGAAUGUCAACAGUUACCUGCGCUUCCCUAUCCAGUGAGUAACAUGGCGACAGUCAAGUGGGGUGAGAAUGUUGUGAUCAUUGGUGGGACUGACAAGGCUGGUAAACCAUUAAACAAUGUUAUAAUUUAUAACAUCAAGACUGGAAACAGUCAUAUGUUGCCUCCAAUGUUACACAAGAGGAAAGGAUGUAUGGCAGUUGUUAUUGAGAAUACAAUUGUAGUACUAGGAGGCGCGAAUGAGAGACGGAAUCUUUUGAAAUCAGUUGAAGGUUUCAAUUUUGAACGAUUUUCAUGGCAGGAACUUCCUGACAUGAAGGAAACCAGAUGUCAGGCUACAGCUGUCGUGAUUUAG